CGGGAGGCUGGGGUCCCAGAAGGGGAAUGGGGGCGACUAGAUGAUGGUUGGGGACGCCCGAUGGACUCGGAGAGUCCCCUUUCAGACCUGCCCCGUCCUGCCCUUCCGAGAGGUCGCCCCGGGGGCAAACAGGAGUGCGUGAGUGACGUGAGCUGAGUGUCCAGCCCGGGCUUCACACCCAGUGCCCGCCCCUCAGCACCUGCCAGUCCGCUCGCUCCGCCCCCUCAUACAUCUGGACCCGCCCACUGCUCUCACGCUGCCCAAUCGGCGUCGACGUGGCACGGAGAGUGGUUCGUGGGAAGGUGCGCCGGGGGCGGCCGGAUGCUGAGCGGCCGUUCACGUCAACGCGGUGACGUCACGCGCCGACGCUGGGGACGUACCUGUCGGGCUUCGGGCUCCUGCAGCUUCUCUUUCCCUUCCUGUGGGUUCACGGCGGGCCGGGGUCUGAAACCCCCGGAGUCCCCGUUCGCCCUGGGCCCGGAGUGGGGCUGGAUGAUGAGGAAGGAAGGAGCGUGCGGGUGGCUUGAAAACCGUUCUCCUUCACUCCCGAGUUGGAGCAUGGAUUCCAUUCUAGUCUUGUAAGAGGGAAGUGAGGUUGGAGGAUUCUGGUUUGAAUUUGGGGACCGAAGCAGGUGGACUCCAGGGCCCUCCCAAGCCCGGGGGCUUCAGGCGGGUUUGAAGGAGGACAAACAAACAAACAAACAAGGUCCCCACCGGGCAAGAAACAAACAAUUGCAUAACCUCCAGGCAUCUUUGCGAAGUCGCGGUAGUUUGCGUGGUGUGCCCAGCCCUCUCCAGGCGGAGCUCCCCGGGCUCGGCUUAGGUUCUAGCCUCGAAACAGAUGCAGAAUCCAAAGGCAGCGCAAAAACCAGCCAGCGAUUUUGCUAUGCCUCUGAGCUGCGAGAUCAUCAGACAGCUAAAUGGAGUCUGAGCAGCUGUUCCAUAGAGGCUACUAUAGAAAUAGCUACAACAGCAUAACCAGUGCGAGUAGUGACGAGGAGCUGUUAGAUGGAGCAGGUGUGAUUAUGGACUUCCAGACUUCUGAAGAUGACAAUUUGUUAGAUGGUGACACAGCAGUGGGAACUCACUAUACAAUGACAAAUGGAGGUAGCAUCAAUAGUUCCACUCACUUACUGGACCUGUUGGAUGAGCCCAUUCCAGGCGUUGGUACAUAUGAUGACUUCCACACUAUUGACUGGGUGCGCGAGAAAUGUAAAGAUAGAGAAAGGCACAGGCGGAUCAACAGCAAAAAAAAGGAAUCAGCAUGGGAAAUGACAAAAAGUUUAUACGAUGCGUGGUCAGGAUGGUUAGUAGUGACACUUACAGGAUUGGCAUCAGGGGCAUUGGCUGGAUUAAUAGACAUUGCUGCUGAUUGGAUGACUGACCUAAAGGAGGGCAUAUGUCUUAGUGCACUGUGGUACAACCAUGAACAGUGUUGUUGGGGAUCUAAUGAAACAACAUUUGAAGAGCGAGAUAAAUGCCCCCAAUGGAAAACGUGGGCCGAAUUAAUCAUAGGUCAAGCAGAGGGUCCUGGUUCUUACAUCAUGAACUAUAUAAUGUAUAUCUUCUGGGCCUUGAGUUUUGCUUUUCUUGCAGUAUCACUAGUAAAGGUAUUUGCUCCGUAUGCCUGUGGGUCAGGCAUUCCAGAGAUUAAAACUAUUUUGAGUGGAUUCAUCAUCAGAGGGUACUUGGGAAAGUGGACUUUAAUGAUUAAAACCAUCACAUUAGUACUGGCUGUGGCAUCGGGUUUGAGCUUAGGAAAAGAAGGUCCCCUGGUGCACGUUGCCUGUUGCUGUGGAAAUAUCUUUUCCUACCUCUUCCCAAAGUACAGCACAAAUGAAGCUAAAAAAAGGGAGGUGCUGUCAGCUGCCUCAGCUGCAGGUGUUUCUGUAGCUUUUGGUGCACCAAUUGGAGGAGUUCUUUUUAGCCUGGAGGAGGUUAGCUAUUAUUUCCCUCUCAAAACUUUAUGGAGAUCAUUUUUUGCUGCUUUAGUGGCUGCAUUUGUUUUGCGAUCCAUCAAUCCCUUUGGUAACAGCCGCCUGGUCCUUUUUUAUGUGGAGUAUCAUACACCAUGGUACCUUUUUGAACUGUUUCCUUUUAUUCUCCUAGGGGUAUUUGGAGGGCUUUGGGGAGCCUUUUUCAUUAGGGCAAACAUUGCCUGGUGUCGUCGACGCAAAUCCACCAAAUUUGGAAAGUAUCCUGUUCUUGAAGUCAUUAUUGUUGCAGCCAUUACUGCUGUGAUAGCCUUCCCUAAUCCAUACACUAGGCUCAACACCAGUGAACUGAUUAAAGAGCUUUUUACAGAUUGUGGUCCCCUGGAAUCCUCUUCUCUUUGUGACUACAGAAAUGACAUGAAUGCCAGUAAAAUUGUUGAUGAUAUUCCCGACCGUCCAGCAGGCAUUGGAGUAUACUCAGCUAUUUGGCAGCUCUGCCUGGCACUCAUAUUUAAAAUCAUAAUGACAGUAUUCACUUUUGGUAUUAAGGUCCCAUCAGGCUUGUUCAUCCCCAGCAUGGCCAUCGGUGCGAUUGCAGGAAGGAUUGUGGGGAUUGCAGUGGAACAGCUUGCCUAUUACCACCACGACUGGUUUAUCUUCAAGGAGUGGUGUGAGGUCGGGGCUGAUUGCAUUACACCGGGCCUUUAUGCUAUGGUUGGUGCUGCUGCAUGCUUAGGUGGUGUGACAAGAAUGACUGUCUCUCUGGUGGUUAUUGUUUUUGAACUUACGGGAGGCUUGGAAUACAUUGUUCCUCUUAUGGCCGCAGUAAUGACCAGUAAAUGGGUUGGAGAUGCCUUUGGUAGGGAGGGCAUUUAUGAAGCACACAUCCGAUUAAAUGGAUACCCUUUCUUGGAUGCAAAAGAAGAAUUCACUCAUACUACUCUUGCUGCAGAUGUCAUGAGACCUAGAAGGAACGAUCCUCCCUUAGCUGUUCUCACACAGGACAAUAUGACCGUGGAUGAUAUAGAAAACAUGAUUAAUGAAACCAGCUACAAUGGCUUUCCUGUCAUAAUGUCAAAAGAAUCCCAGAGAUUAGUGGGAUUUGCUCUCAGAAGAGACCUGACUAUUGCAAUAGAAAGCGCCAGGAAAAAGCAAGAAGGUAUCGUUGGCAGUUCCCGCGUGUGCUUUGCACAGCACGCCCCGUCCCUUCCAGCAGAAAGCCCUCGGCCCCUGAAGCUCCGAAGCAUCCUUGACAUGAGCCCUUUCACAGUGACAGACCACACCCCCAUGGAGAUUGUGGUGGACAUCUUCCGGAAGCUGGGACUGAGGCAGUGCCUUGUAACUCACAACGGGAUUGUCUUGGGGAUCAUCACAAAGAAGAACAUUUUAGAGCAUCUCGAGCAACUAAAGCAGCACGUGGACCCCUUGACGCCUCCUUGGCAUUAUAACAAAAAAAGAUAUCCUCCGUCAUAUGGCCCAGACGGCAAACCAAGACCCCGCUUCAAUAAUGUUCAACUGAACCUUGUAGAGGAGGAGAGAGAAGAAACAGAAGAGGAAGUUCAUUUGUUGAAUAGCACAACUCUAUAACAAGGGGGAGUCGUCCACAUUUUUUUCUUCUUUAACAAAGGAAAUAUUAAGGCCGAGCAUUUGCAACAUGGUUUGCAAAUAAUGCUGGUGAAAUGGAGGAGUUGUCUGGGGAGGGAAAAAGAGAAGAGAGGAAAGGAGUGAAGUAUUUCCCGUCUAACUGAGAUGAGCAAACCACCCACCUCCUGUUGUUCCGCAUUGGAUGUGUUUGCCGGCAAUAUGCCAUGAUGGUGCAGGCCUGAGCCUCAGUGGAGAUGAAUGACCUGAGUUCACAAGCACCUGGCCUGUUGAUCCAACAUCUCAAAGACUGUUCUCAGUCCCUAUUUCUGGAGGGAUUACUUUGAAUUGAGCCAUCGAUAAGACUGCAAGGUCUUGCCCCUCCCUUUGUUUUUUUAAAAAAAAUCUGAACUGUUCUGUUUAAUUCAUGAAUUGUAUAGUUAAACAUUACCUUUCUACAUUCCAAAAGAGCUUUUAUUUCUCUCUCUCUCUCCUCUGCUAUAACAAAGCCUCUUUUAAAUUGGUGUACCCUUUUGAAGCAGUCCUUUCUCAUAUUGAGAUGUACUGUGAUUAUAGAGGUUUCAUCACAAGAAGGGUGUGUUUCUUGUGCCAUUAACCAUGUAGUUUUUACCAUCACUGAAGGCUUGGAACAGUACACACACCACAUCAAAGGCUGGCCAAACAGGUAAAAUCUUGACUGAAGUGUGAAGGAAAUCUCCCAGCUGGUAUGCUGUGUGAUUCAGAAUCAAAAACUGUGACUUUAAAGGAUAAGCAGUUUUAUUUUUUUCCUCGCAGACUUAUGGAAAAUGUGACCUGGUCUUAUGCAAAUUUUCUAUUUCUAAAACUACUACUAUGGUAUACAAGUGCUGCUCAGCACAACUUAACAGUGCUGCUGCUGUAGCAGUAGAGAAGGAAGUGUUCUGUUGAGCUGUAUCUGGUAUUAAUUGCAUGAUAAAACACUGGAAUUUUUUUCUUGAAAUUAGCUAAGUCAUUUUCUUUCUUCAAGAUCCAUUGCUGACACUGAAGAUGAAUUGUAAUUCAUAACUUGCACUAAAUGUAUAUUUCUUUCCUUAAAAUUUACCAUUCUUAUUUAUAUUUUUAUGGAUUAAAAUUUAUAAAAUACAGAUCAGUUAAUAUCGCACUUAAAUAAUUUUACCUUUUUAAUGUGAUUUUUAUACACUAAUUCAGACUUACAAAUAUGGAGAGAUGAACAAAGUUUACAACGGAAGCAAGUGUUUAGAAGAGGCGGUUACUUCUCUGAUCUAGGUGUGCAUAAAUCUUUAUCUGACCUCUCACUGCCAUCUCCUGGAUUGUCUUCUGACCUGUCCAUUUUGACCUACAAACUGGAAAGUCGAAAAUACCACAAAUUACUCGACAGAUUAAAACCCAAAAGUUAGUGUUACAAGUUUUUCUAGAAAA